AUGCGUUUUACCCAAAUUCCAAGAGGGACAUUGUCAACCAUCAUCUUCAUCGUGGAGUUUGAGUCGGGCGAGCCCGGGGCCGGCGGCGCGGACGAGAGCCGAGCCAGCCCCCUGCGCCGCGGCUACGUGCGGGUGCAGUGGUAUCCCGAGGGCGUCAAGCAGCAUGUCAAGGAGACCAAGGGCGGCUCCGAGUCGGGCGAGCCCGGGGCCGGCGGCGCGGACGAGAGCCGAGCCAGCCCCCUGCGCCGCGGCUACGUGCGGGUGCAGUGGUAUCCCGAGGGCGUCAAGCAGCAUGUCAAGGAGACCAAGCUGAAGCUUGAGGAUCGCUCUGUGGUCCCUCGGGAUGUGGUCAGACACAUGAGCUCAAGUGACAGCCAGUGCGGGACAGUCAUCGAUGUAAACAUAGAGUGUGCUGUGAAGCUGGUAGGAACCAACUGCAUCCUCUAUCCUGUCAACAGCAAAGACCUGCAGCAUAUCUGGCCAUUCAUGUAUGGUGACUAUAUCGCUUAUGACUGUUGGCUGGGCAAGGUCUACGAUUUAAAGAACCAGGUCAUCCUGAAGCUCUCCAAUGGAGCCAGGUGUUCUAUGAGCACAGAGGAUGGAGCAAAGCUGUAUGACGUCUGUCCUCAUGUCAGCGACUCGGGUCUUUUCUUUGACGAUUCAUAUGGCUUUUAUCCUGGGCAAGUUCUCAUUGGACCCUCAAAAGUCUUUUCCAGUGUGCAGUGGCUCUCGGGAGUCAAGCCUGUCCUGAGCACGAAGAGCAAGUUCAGAGUGGUGGUGGAAGAGGUACAAGUUGUGGAACUAAAGGUUACUUGGAUCACUAAGAGCUUCUGUCCUGGAGGUAAUGACAGCGUAAGCCCCCCACCAUCUGUAAUCACGCAGGAGAAUUUAUCCAGGGUAAAGCGUCUGGGAUGCUUUGACCAUGCGCAGAGGCAGCUUGGAGAAAGAUGUCUCUAUGUAUUUCCUGACAAGGUGGAACCUGCAAAAAUCACCUGCGAGUGCCCGGAGAGAAAUUGUGUUCUAGGAGAAGGGUCCGUCGCCAAGAAGGUGAGGAGGCUGCUGAAGAAGCAGAUCGUGAAGAUCAUGUCCUGCUCACCAGAUUCUCAGGCUACUGGUGAACCACCUGACCCAGAGUCUUCAGCUGCUGCCGACCAGAAAUCAGAAGAGCUUAAAACCAGACCCAAAUGUGAAGUAGAGGACUCUAGCAAUGGCACACUAAACACGGGGGCUUUAAAGGAAGAGCAGCCUGAAGAGAUGGGGAAGGAGAUGACUGAAGCUCCUGGGAGACAGCAACAGCCCCCGUUCCUGCUGAAAGAGGAUGGAUCAUCCAACUACAGGCUCCAGUCCAUGGAGCAAGAUGCUGAUGACGAGGCAGCCGAUGACACCGAUGACACCAGCUCUGUGACUUCUUCUGCUAGCUCCACAGCUUCUUCCCAGAGUGGCAGCGGCACAGGGCGCAAGAAGAGCAUUCCCCUCUCCAUCAAAAACUUGAAGCGGAAGCACAAGAAGAAGAAGACUAAGAUCUCCAGGGAGUUUAAACCAGGAGACAGAGUUGCUGUAGAAGUGGUGACGACGAUGACAUCAGCUGACGUGAUGUGGCAGGAUGGCACUGUGGAGACGAACAUCCGCUCCAACGAGCUGAUUCCCGUCCAUCAUUUGGACAACAAUGAGUUUUGCCCUGGGGAUUUCGUGGUGGAUAAGAGAGCUCAGAGCUCCCAGGACCCUGGUGUGUAUGGAGUGGUACAGUCUGGGGAUCACAUUGGCCGUACCUGCAUGGUAAAGUGGUUCAAGCUGAAGCCCACUGGAGAUGAUGUAGAGCUGAUCGGCGAGGAGGAGGAUGUGAGUGUGUACGACAUUGCUGACCACCCUGACUUCCGCUUCCGCACCACCGACACUGUGAUUCGCAUUGGCAAUUCCGAGGGAGCUUUGGCCAAGGAUGAUGAACCAUCCGUGGGACAGGUGGCUCGUGUUGAUGUGAGCAGUAAGGUGGAAGUAAUCUGGGCUGAUAACUCCAAGACUAUCAUUCUUCCUCAGCACUUGUACAACAUAGAAUCAGAGAUUGAAGAAUCGGACUAUGAUUCUGUGGAUGGCAGCACCAGCGGGGCAUCCUCAGAUGAAUGGGAGGAUGAAAGCGAUAGUUGGGAGACAGACAAUGGCCUCAUGGAAGAUGACCACCCAAAAAUCGAGGAAGUAGAGCCAGAAGAGCCAAUAGCAGAAGAGGUAAAAAAAAUAGAGGAGCAAGUGCAGGGUGCUGUGGCGAUGGCAGUGCCAGAUCUAACUGCAGAGAAGGUUGGAAAAGAAGGAGCUCCAAAGAGCUUCCGGGAGUUGAAAGAGGCCAUCAAGAUCUUGGAGAGCCUAAAGAACAUGACCGUAGAGCAGCUGCUGACUGGCUCUCCCACCUCCCCAACUGUGGAGCCCGAAAAACCCACACGGGAGAAGAAGUUCUUGGACGACAUCAAAAAGCUUCAGGAAAAUCUGAAGAAGACCCUGGAUAAUGUUGCCAUUGUGGAAGAGGAAAAGAUGGAAGCCAUGGUGGAGACGGAGAAGAAGGAAGAAAAAGUGGAGGUGCAGGCACCGGUGAGGUCUGAGUGGCCCAGUGAGACGCCAGUGUUGUGCCAGCAGAGUGGAGGCAAGCCUGGUGUCACCUUCACCAGUGCCAAAGGGGAGGUCUUCUCUGUGCUGGAGUGUGCCCCAGACACUCACGCCUUUAAGAAAAUGGAAUUCCAGCCCCCAGAAGCCAAGAAGUUCUUCAGCACAGUGAGGAAAGAAAUGGCGCUGCUAGCAACCUCGCUGCCUGAUGGCAUCAUGGUCAAGACAUUUGAAGACAGAAUGGAUCUUUUCUCAGCACUUAUCAAGGGGCCCACACGCACACCCUAUGAAGACGGCCUCUUCCUUUUUGAUAUCCAACUUCCCAACAUCUACCCUGCAGUCCCUCCUCUCUUCCGCUACCUCUCCCAGUGCAGUGGGAGACUGAACCCCAACCUGUAUGACAACGGCAAGGUGUGCGUCAGCCUUCUGGGGACAUGGAUCGGCAAGGGAACAGAGAGGUGGACCAGCAAAUCCAGCCUUCUGCAGGUGCUCAUUUCCAUUCAAGGGCUGAUCCUAGUGAAUGAACCUUAUUACAAUGAGGCCGGGUUCGACAGUGACCGGGGCCUGCAGGAGGGCUACGAGAACAGCCGCUGCUACAACGAGAUGGCCCUGAUCCGUGUGGUUCAGUCCAUGAUGCAGCUACUGCGCAGGCCCGUGGAGGUCUUUGAGCACGAGAUCCAUGAGCACUUCUGCUGCAAUGGCUGGCGCCUGGUCAGCCGGAUAGAGUCCUGGUUGGAGACCAAUGAGCUGGUGGAGAGGAGCCAUGAACAAGCCAAUGGAGCAGAUUCCUCCUCUCUCCUUUCUGCGUGCGGUGCCCUGGCUGAGAGCCCGGGAGGACCCAUGGAGUCACUGGAUGAGUAUGGUGGCCCUCUAGAACAGGGGGCAGCAGCGGCAGAGCUUUCCGACUCGGCGCUUGAUGGGAGAGAGGAGCUGGAUGACUCGGGCUGUGGGGCCUCCACACUCGCAGCCGGUGACCUUCAUCAGUAUUCAGACUCGGAGAGCACAGGCCACACCCAAGAGGCAGCCCUGGCCAGAGACCUAACGGACGAAGGGAAAACUGCCCAGGACUCUGCCUUGCAGCCAAGUGUGAAACCAAAGAAAAGGAGAAAGAGCUACAGGAGUUUCCUCCCUGAAAAGAGCGGUUACCCUGACAUCGGGUUCCCCCUCUUCCCCCUGUCUAAGGGGUUCAUCAAAAGUAUCCGUGGUGUCUUGCAGCAGUACCGGGCUGCCUUAGUAGAGGCCAAUAUCCCCGAGUGGAGAGAGGACAAAUAAACCAUCGGGUUAGGGACAGACGGGCACAGAGGAGAUGGGAAAGGCAGAAAGGAAAUGGAGCAGCUGUCGGUACACCAAUAAAUUGGCUUCUCUCACCUCAGCCUCUCUUCCUCAGCUGGUUUGCUGUCAUGAAGGUGAUAGCUCCCAUCACUCAUUCCUGGCACUUUCCUUCCUUCUCCCAGAGAAGGUUGUCUGAAUAGCUCUUCACCGCCAUCCCCCGCACUGCCCACAGUCCCAAAGUAUAAGGAGCAGAGACUUUUCUGUUGCACCCAGCAAUCUGGAACUGCCCACCACUUCCUGAGCAUCUCUGUGUGCAGCGAGGGGGCUUUCUUUCCCCACCCACUAUACCCUGGGUGCUUUGUCUGCCAGUUUAGUUCUGCUUGGGGAUGGAGCCCAGGAGAUGCGAUUGGUAUGGCAUGCAGUGAUGAAAGGCAGUUUCCUCCCUGUUCACUGUUUGUUUUUUUUCCUGCACAGCUGGAUCUCAUGGUGGGUUUUCUGUUGGUUUUUUUUUUUUUUGGUUUUUUAUAAUAGUCUAUACAAGCCUGAGAACAUGCAGACACUAGACUGUGGCUAGGUCAGUCUCCUACAUGCUACUGUGUUGCUUUCAUCUAUGCCUUCCUCAUAGUUCUUCACAGGAAAAUGGAUGGCUCCCCCGCUCUGGUACCUAUGAUUUAGAAACCGAGUGCUGUAUGAGCUGUUUGUUCUGCCCAGGACAAUACCCUGCCACUCCCUUUGGGUGUCUCUUCUGGAAGUAGAUUCAGCCAUCUCUGCUAUGUCCUUUUCUCUAGACUAGGAUGAAUUUCCACUCCCACUUCCUGCCUCGCCCCCCGCCAACACCUUGCACCUUGUACAGGAUUCAGGUUCCUCCUGGCACUACUUAGCAAGGCAUCAGAGCCCUCGAGGUUGGCCACCUGCCAUGUAUUCCUACCUGCAUUGCUGUAUCUCUGGCCCAAUCGAUCAACUGCACAGAUAGAUCUAGGGCAAGUUGCAUCUCCAGCAGCUCUGGUGCGACUGUAAAACCUGCUGCAGCCUUCCCUUGUCCAUUUUGACUGCUGCUGAUGGAUUUCCCCAGGCCAGUAGCUAUUUUUGAGCCUAGAGCAACUAUAGAUCAUUGUGAAAUGACUCCAAGCCUGCUGCAGCAUUGGGAAAUGGGUCACGCUAACACAGUACCUUUGAACAAAUGCAGCUUUUAGCCUGGACCCUUGUGGGUCUCUCUUCCUGCUUCCUAACCAUGCAUUAACCCCACCAGGAGUUUCGUAUGAUGGUCUGAGCAAAAUGUGGGCAGUAGCAUGAACGAGAGAGAGCAUGUGCGUCCUUCAUUCCCUCUGCAGUGCUGCUGCGUAGCCAUAGGAAACUACUGGCCAGACCUGUGCAUGCUCUAGCAGCAGAGAGGGGCUUCCACUGGCAGUCUCGUCCUUCAGAGGACAUGCAGUAACAGUGACAAAUGCCUGGGACUGUUGUUUCUAGGCUGUGGGCAUCUUACUCAGGACUUCUGCAGGCUGCCUCCUGCACACUGCUGGAGAACUUGAAUCCACCCCCUACUGGAUUUGGCACCUCCAUGUAGUGGGGAAGCACAUUCCCUGGGGGUGCUAUAGUCCUGUAUGGACGCUGAGCGAAGCUGGUCUUCCAGCCUAGGCAGUAAAAGGACGAGGGCUCAGGGGAAAGUCGAACUCUCCUGACUAGCCCUCCAGCCCCUGCCCAAGCUGGUGGAUGGGCUGCUUGGUUCAAAGCAGGGUGUGACAGCUUCAUGGUCAACUCUCUGCUGGCUUUGUGGGCUCGGUGCCCCAGUGAGAAGUAGCGUUUUAUCCUUUUUGAAUAUUCAUAAGGCUGCCCCUGCUUCCAGUGUCUUUGAGAACAGGAUUUGGCCCCUGAGUGUGGACUGGGGCAGGGGGAACAUCAGUAGGGGUUCCUGGGGUAAUGCGCUGGCCUUUUUGCCGCUCACUAGGGGAGUGUUGUUUUGGGCCUGCCCACGGACUCCCUGCUCUCUACCUUGAUGCUUCAGACCCUCCGUAUGAAUUGGCAAGCUUGCCCAGGAGAGCCGUGGGCUUGGAGCAGAGGGUUGUGGAGAGGCCGCGUGUUUGGAUUGAGCUGCAAUGUGACGUUGCAGGGUGAUGGGGCACGUGCUGUGAGUGGCUUGCAGUAGAUCCAGA